AUGGUCGUGAUUAGCGCAAGCAUUUGCAACAAGAAUGGUAAAAUCUUGGUUGCAAGAUAAUUUAUACCAAUCACCAGGCUAAAGCUCGAAGAGUACAUGGCGAACUUCCCAAAGCUCAUCGAAUCAGGAAAAUAAUGUACUCAUAUUGAGACUGAGAGUAUAAGAUACGUAUAUCUGCCCAUGGAAAAGCUCUUCUUAGUGUUGAUCACGAAUAAGAACUCUAAUAUCAUUGAGGAUCUAGAAGUUAUCAGACUAUUGCACUAGGUGGUUAUUCAAUAAUGCUAAUAAGGUUUGGAUGAUAAGGUAGUCAUGAAGAAAGCAUUUGAUUUGAUUCUUACAUUUGAUGAUGUUAUAUCUUGUGGCCAUAGAGAGUCAGUCACUAUGCCUCAACUUGAAUCAUACUUGGAGAUGGAUUCAACUGAUGAAAAGAUGCACAAGAAGAUGCAAUUGAUAAGAGAAGCUGAAGCAAGAGAGUUCGCAAAAAAGCAAUAAAAAGAAAUUUCAAAGAGAAAGCAUGAUCCUGCUUAUAAAGAUAAUAUGAAAAGCAUGUCAAGUUCAGAUUAUCAAGCUAAUCCAGCAGGAGUAGGCCCAGCUUAGAUACAAGGAGUAGGCUCAUCUGGGUCAAAUGCUGGAUUUUAAGCAUUGAAUAAGCCUUAAACUUCAAACUAUGAUGACAGCACUUAGCUUUCUCAAGCCAAAAAGAUUCCAGGUAAAGCUAUGCAACUUGGAAAACCCAAGAAGCAAAAUGAGCUCAUGAAAGAUUUAUAAAAAGAAAAGUUGUUCUCUAAGCCAUAAGAUGCUUAUGUUGAGGAAACAAAAGCUCAAGAAACCAUUGCAGUAAACCCAUUAUUAGAAAAUGUAGUGAUAGAAAUUGAGGAAAAGGUAAACUGCUCAAUUAAUAAAGAUGGCGAGUUAGACAGAUUCGAAGUUAAAGGUAUAAUUUUUGUGACCUUGAAUGAUCCAAAGAAGAACAACCCACUAGCUCAGUUACAAUUCAACCCAGUAAAGGGCUUCAAUUUCAAGCCACAUCCAGAGCUCGAUAAGCAAACCUGGAAUAAGCAAAAGACCAUUUGCGCAGCUGAUAAAGAACAAGGAUUCCCUGCCUAAACAAGACUUGAUGCAGUGAGAUACAACUACAGAUCAAAGGAUGAAGGAGACCUACCCUUCACAGUUAACGUUUUCAACUCUAAGAAAUAGAAUAAGUCAGUUAUCACUCUAGAGAUAGAAUUGAAUUAAAACUGCAAUUUGAGUUUUAAAAGCUUUGAAAGAGUAACUUUAGCAUUAAGUUGGGGUAAUAGAGAUACUGAUAUUGAGGUUCUGAAGAUCGCGAAGAAUCAAUAACUUGAAUAAGAUCAAAAGAAUGAUAUGCUACUCUGGCAUGUUUCUAAUUUGAUGGAAGAGGGAAGCUCUGUACUAUCAUUCGCAUCUGAGAAAAUUUAAUUUGAAGAAAUAUUCCCUAUUGAAGUCAGAUUCGAGGAAACAUACUCGUUAAUAGAUCUUGGUGUGACAUCUGUGCAAAAUGUUUCAACUGGCGAUGCUCUUUCUCUUAAAACAAUCCAUUCUUUAACAACUGAAAAUUACAGAAUCACUGAGUGA